AUGGAAUUGUCUUCAUCACUUAGAUUUGAAUCAUGUGUUUGUUUUCUCCUAUUUUUACCAUUAUGGAUGAUUAAUGGCAAUGGACAACCAUUAGUCCCAGCAUUGUUCAUAUUUGGUGACUCUAUUGUUGAUGUUGGAAAUAACAACCAUCUUUUAACCCUUGUCAAAGCUGAUUUUCCUCCUUAUGGUAGAGACUUCCUCAACCAACAUCAACCCACCGGCCGGUUUUCCAAUGGGAAACUCGCAUCCGAUUUCACUGCCGAGAAUUUAGGUUUCACUUCAUACCCACCUCCUUACAAUAGCAAACAAGUGAAAGAUGGUUUAAACAUUACCCUUGGGGUUAACUUUGCUUCCGGAUCUUCUGGCUAUUACCAUGGAACCGCUAAACUAUAUAAUACAAUUUCAUUGAACCAACAAAUUGAAAAUUAUAAGGAAUAUCAGAAUAGACUAUCUGGUUUAACCGAAAAUGCUUCUUCAAUAAUCAAUGGCUCGAUUCAUAUCAUAAGCGCCGGCAGCAGCGAUUAUAUUCAGAAUUACUUCAUCAAUCCACUUCUAUUUGCAGUUUAUUCAACCGACCAGUUUUCCGACAUUCUAAUCAAAUCCUAUAUCAACUUCAUUAAGGAUCUGUACAAAUUGGGUGCUAGGAAGAUCGGAGUGACAACUUUGCCGCCGAUGGGAUGUCUGCCGGCGGCGAUUACUCUGUUUGGGAAAGGAAGUAAUGAGUGUGUUGAGAAGUUAAACAAGGCUGCAAUUUCAUUUAACGGGAAACUGAAUGUUACUUCAAUGAAGUUGAAAACAGAGUUGUUGAAUUUGAAUUUGGUGAUUUUGGAUGUUUAUCAGCCUCUUUUGGCCCUUGUUAAUCAUCCAUCUGAUAAUGGUUUUGCAGAGGCGAGGAAGGCGUGUUGUGGCACUGGGCUGGUGGAGACGGCGAUUCUUUGUAAUAAGUAUUCGCCGGGAACAUGUAAAAAUGCGUCGGAAUAUGUUUUUUGGGACGGAUUUCAUCCAACUGAAUCUGCAAAUAAAUUUAUUUCCGACGCAUUGCUUCUUUCUGGGAUUGCUCUUAUUUCUUAAUUAUA